AUGUCUGCAAACAAACCUUCGCACACGGCGACCACAUCUGAAAAUUAUCAAGACCUUCCAGUCAUCAUCAAUGGUGCUGGAUUGGUUGGAUGUUUGGCUGCUCUUUACAUGGCACAACAUCAUUCGCAAAGAGUCAUUUUGAUUGACAAGAGACAGGAUUAUCGAUCACACCGAUAUGAAGGAAGAUCCAUCAACUUGGCCAUUAGUCAUCGUGCUUUCAAAGCUCUCGGAGGUAUUGAUAAGAGUUUCAUUGAUCAUUUCAAAAAUGAACAGAUUGGAUUAAAAAUGACUGGUCGUGGUCUUCACAUGAAAGAUAAAGUCAAAACAGCUGAACAACAAGAUCAAUUCGGAGAAGGCAAAUUGGGAUAUCAACCUUAUGGUACGAAUGAAAAUGAAUAUAUUGUUUCUGUUGGAAGACACUAUUUGAAUUGUUUCUUGUUGGAAGAAUUGGAAAAGAGAUUCUCUAGUCGCAUUCAAGUUGUGUUUGAAGUGACACCUACGAAAUUAGAGUUUAGAAAAAUUACUGACUCCCAGAAUGGAAAGGAAGAAACAAUCUCAAUACUGAGUUACAAGGAUAAGAGUAACGUGUCACACAGCGUUACAGGAAAAUUUAUUAUUGGAUGUGAUGGAUUGAAUUCUUUUGUUCGUCAACAAUUACAAAUCAAUCCCAAUGCUCGAUUUUCCUAUUCACAAACCUAUAUUUCACAUGCUUACAAAGAAUUAUCCAUUCGAGCUGACCCAAAAACGAAAGAUUUUAUCAUGAGAAAGGACUGUUUACAUAUUUGGCCACGUGGUGAUUUCAUGCUCAUUGCCUUACCAAAUCCAACAAAAGACUUUACUUUCACGUUGUUCAUGCGUCAUUUGAAGAAGAAGGAUUACGGGGAAGAUGAAAAAACUGCCUAUGGUCAGCCCUCCUUUGAAAGUGUUGAGCUCGGAGAUUGUAAGAGUUAUGACGAGUUGACAGAAGAAAAGAAGGAACAAAAUGUUCGCAAAUUCUUUAAGGAACAAUUUCCUGAUGCAUAUGAUAUGGUCAAAGAUCAUUUAAUGGAAGAUUGGAAUUCCAAUCCAACAAGUGCCUUGUCUUACAUUCAAUGCAACCCUCAUCAUUAUGAAGGAAAAGUAGUACUGUUGGGAGAUUCUGCUCAUGCAAUUAUUCCAUUUUAUGGACAAGGAGUCAAUUGCGGAUUUGAAGAUUGUUUGGUCUUCUCAAACAUACUUAAGGAGGAACAAAAUAAGAAUGGAUGGAAGAAUGACAAAUUUAGUUCUGAGUUGUUGGAAAGAGUUUUUACAAGAUACAGUGAAGAACGAAAACCCUCUGCUGACGCCAUCCUUAAUUUGUCACUCCACAACUUUGUGGUGAUGCGUGCAAAGACUGCAGAUCCCUUAUUCCUUGUUGAACAGGCAAUCAUGCGAUUCUUGCAUAGAAACUUCCCAACCGUACACGCAUUCAAACCAUUGUAUACUAUGGUUGCAUUUACUCCAGAGAGAACAUACUCUGACGCUUGGAAUUCACAUGUGAAGAGAGAGGAAACCAUCCAAAAGUUGAAGAAAUUUGUUGUAAGCUCAUUAACUACAUGCACCGUUGCAGCUCUCUCUGUAUUUGUGUACUCGAGAUUGUAUGGCAAAGCUCAACCAACAACUACUACACCACCAACAACCACGACCCUUAGCUAUGUUAGUGACUUGGCGAACGCAUCUAUGAAACGUUUAAGUUCCUUGUUUGGAUAUAACCAAGCAUCUCAAUAG